AGGCAGGGCAUGGACGCCGAAGCCUUGUGCAGUGCGCUCGCUAGCUUCCAGGAGGGACAGCUUUCCCGAGCCAUCGGUCAGCGCAGCGGCUGGAGGUGAGUGCCAAAAAGAGUUCGCAGAUAGAUCAACAAGCUAGCUACGGGUCACAAGGGGACAGAGUCAGCAGCACUUGACUCGCCAACAAGCCAUCUGUGUUCUGCUUCGUGCGUCGCGCCCAACUCGCCAACUCGGAAGACAUGCGGUCGAGACCUGAGCCUCUAGCGGCUAAGCUAUUCCCUGACUCCUCUUCGUCUCAGCGUAGGCGUUGCUGUUAAGAAUGCAUGAACGCUGGUCAAGUUGUGCGGGGUGCGGGCAGUGUCGUGGUAUAUGUGGUGCGGUUCGAGACUUCGAGAUUCCGAGAAGCACAAUGAGACAGCUGGCAAGUCAAGCACACGCCUCGACUCCCACGUCCCCGCUUCACCAAUCUCUUCGAUUAUUUCAUUUUGCUUCACUGUCACAUUGAAACCAUUCCGUGACGGCAUAGCUGCAAAGCUGUCGGCCAUUCUGAAGAGCUCGAGUAGACGCCUCACGCGUGCUUCCGACAAUGCAAGCUAUACACAACUGCGGCCGAGCAGACGUAUUGCGUAUGGUGCAGCAUGCAUAGGGUCGACGGCGCUUUCCCAGGGGUUAUGCUUUCUGCUGUGCAUCCCGCCGAACGCAUGCUCAACCUCCUCCUCGGCGCAGGCUAGCCUGGCAGAAGCCAAAACAGCCAAGCGCAAGCUCGUCAGCCGCUGUAAUUCUAAAUUCCAGAACAGGUCCAAUGUUCAUGCACUGCAUAUAGAUGACUGCGAUACACAAGGGUUACGAAGCGGCGGUCGGGGGGUCGGUCAUUCGGUGGCGCUGCAUCCUCUCGAGGGAGAAGACCAGGGUUGAUGAGUUGGUGAUUGCCCAAGCGGAUGAGAUGGGAGAAAAGCGCCCGGCAAGAUGGAGUGGUCCGCUGCAGCGC